AUGCAUUCUGGCUACUCCACAGCAUGGGGGCUACUAAUUAUAGCAACUGCUGCAACGUUUGGAGAUGGACAGAUGAUUUACAAGCCGAAUCUAAUGCAAAUUGGCGUCCACAUUACGUACAACCACGAAAUUCAGGAGAUAUUUAAGAACGAAAGCCGCGAUCCUAACUACUACUUCACCGUGCUUCUUAAUGCGGUGGAGACCCGACUGGCAACCAUUCCAGAUGUGACUAUUGAGUUGACCUUGGUUGGAACUAAUGUUAUCAAUGAAUCUGACGCCAUAGAAGAUUCUAAAAUGGACAAGAAGGAUAUCUUAAAUAGAUUUAAGAGAUACUACACCUCGAACAGAUUUAAGCUGGGCUGUCCAGACGCCACAUUCUACGUGACAAUGGCUUAUUUUAUGGAGCAAGCACGGGACGAAGCCUCAUGGUUAUAUACGGCGAAGAUAGGAGGUCUCUGUGGAAAUGAAAGCGUGGGAAUGUUCUAUGACGACGGAAAAUCUUUUUUCGGAGUCCACGCGUUGAGUCGCGAGAUGGCUUUCUUAAUUGGCGCUACCAGGGAUAACGAAACGUACGGAGCAUGUGCAAGAAAGAACGCAUAUCUGACAAGCUUUCUUGACGACACGACACGUUUUCGUCUAUCCUCUUGUUCCGAGAAUGGAGUUCACCGUUUCUUUCUUAAAAAUCAGGAUUAUAACUGCUGGAAUGACACGCCAAAACCAAUAAUGAGGAAUAACUGGACCCUCCCUGCCAAGUAUCUUGAAGAAUACCUCACCGACGGGCGUGUCGAUUUGUGCAAGGAUCAACUAUUUUAUCUUGACCUUAAAACAUGCAGCAAGAGGUACACCACCGGUAGAAAGUCCCUAAGCUGCAGAGUGUCUUGCUGCGACGAAGGCACUACGGAUCGUUCUGGUUACGUAGUAGAACCCGAUGGAAGAUACUGUGGCUUGCUGGGGUAUAAGAUGUGCAUUCAUGGAGAAUGUCUUGCGUUUACCUAGUUCUUCCUCCAAGACAUUGAAAACAACUUUGGACGCCUAAAGUAAGGGUUACUAUACAUGCACAAAAAGUUAAGAAAAGGAGAAUAAAAAAAUAACGUAACUUUUGUGCCCAAGUUGUAUUGUUACUUUCUGAAAUAAAGUUUUUAGUUCGAAUAUG